CUCACUUCUGCCUGACUUGGGAAGCGCUGCAAGGACAACCGGCUGGGGUCCUUGCGCGCCGCGGCUCAGGGAGGAGCACCGACUGCGCCGCACCCUGAGAGAUGGUUGGUGCCAUGUGGAAGGUGAUUGUUUCGCUGGUCCUGUUGAUGCCUGGCCCCUGUGAUGGGCUGUUUCGCUCCCUAUACAGAAGUGUUUCCAUGCCACCUAAGGGAGACUCAGGACAGCCAUUAUUUCUCACCCCUUACAUUGAAGCUGGGAAGAUCCAAAAAGGAAGAGAAUUGAGUUUGGUCGGUCCUUUCCCAGGACUGAACAUGAAGAGUUAUGCCGGCUUCCUCACCGUGAAUAAGACUUACAACAGCAACCUCUUCUUCUGGUUCUUCCCAGCUCAGAUACAGCCAGAAGAUGCCCCAGUAGUUCUCUGGCUACAGGGUGGGCCGGGAGGUUCAUCCAUGUUUGGACUCUUUGUGGAACAUGGGCCUUAUGUUGUCACAAGUAACAUGACCUUGCGUGACAGAGACUUCCCCUGGACCACAAUGCUCUCCAUGCUUUACAUUGACAAUCCAGUGGGCACAGGCUUCAGUUUUACUGAUGAUACCCACGGAUAUGCAGUCAAUGAGGACAAUGUAGCACGGGAUUUAUACAGUGCACUAAUUCAGUUUUUCCAGAUAUUUCCUGAAUAUAAAAAUAAUGACUUUUAUGUCACUGGGGAGUCUUAUGCAGGGAAAUACGUGCCAGCCAUUGCACACCUCAUCCAUUCCCUCAACCCUGUGAGAGAGGUGAAGAUCAACCUGAAAGGAAUUGCUAUUGGAGAUGGAUAUUCUGAUCCCGAAUCAAUUAUAGGGGGCUAUGCAGAAUUCCUGUACCAAAUUGGCUUGUUGGAUGAGAAGCAAAAAAAGUACUUCCACAAGCAGUGCCGUGAAUGCAUAGAACACAUCAGGAAGCAGAACUGGUUUGAGGCCUUUGAAAUACUGGAUAAACUACUAGAUGGCGACUUAACAAGUGAUCCUUCUUACUUCCAGAAUGUUACAGGAUGUAGUAAUUACUAUAACUUUUUGCGGUGCACGGAACCUGAGGAUCAGCUUUACUAUGUGAAAUUUUUGUCACUCCCAGAGGUGAGACAAGCCAUCCACGUGGGGAAUCAGACUUUUAAUGAUGGAACUAUAGUUGAAAAAUACUUGCGAGAAGAUACAGUACAGUCAGUUAAGCCAUGGUUAACUGAAAUCAUGAAUAAUUAUAAGGUUCUGAUCUACAAUGGCCAACUGGACAUCAUCGUGGCAGCUGCCCUGACAGAGCGCUCCUUGAUGGGCAUGGACUGGAAAGGAUCCCAGGAAUACAAGAAGGCAGAAAAAAAAGUUUGGAAGAUCUUUAAAUCUGACAAUGAAGUGGCUGGUUACAUCCGGCAAGUGGGUGACUUCCAUCAGAGUCUUGCUCUUUUGCCCAGGCUGGAGUGCCAUGGCGGGAUCUCUCGGCUCACUGCAAGCUCCACCACCCCGGUUCGCGCCAUUCUCCUGCCUCAGCCUUCCGAGUAGCUGGGACUACAGGCGCCUGCCACCACACCUGGCUAAGUUUUUGUAUUUUUAGUAGAGAUGGGGUUUCACCGUGUUAGCCAGGAUGGUCUCAAUCUCCUGACCUUGUGAUCUGCCCACCUCGGCCUCCCCAAGUGCUGGGAUUACAGGCUUGGGCCACCGCGCCUGGCCCUUUUCUCACUUUUUAAUGGUAUUAUUUAUGGUUUGUGCUCUUCAGUUGCUUGAGUGGCCUGUAUAUUCUGGAUAUUAGUCUUUGGUCAGAUGGAUAGUUGGCAGAUAUUUUCUCCUAUUGUACAGGUUGUCUCUUCACUCUAUUGAUUGUUCCCUUUGCUGUGAAGAAACUUUUUAGUUUAAUGUAGACCCAUUUGUCUGUUUAUGGUUUUAUCACCUAUGCUUUUGGGGUCUUAGCCAUAAAAGCUUUAUCUACACCAGUGUCCUAAAGUGUUUCCCCUGUUUUCUUCUAGUGGUUUUAUCAUUUUGAGUCUUAUGUUUAAGUCUUUAAUCCAUGUUGAGCUUAUUUUACAUGGAUAUGGUGAGAGAUAGGGGUUUAGUUUUUGAGCUUAUUCUACGUGUAUAUGGUGAGAGAUAGGGGUUUAGUUUCAUUCUUCUGCAUAUGGAUCCCAGUUUACCCAGCACCAUUCAUUGAAGAGGGUGUCCUUUCCCCAGUGUAUGUUCUUGUCAGCUUUGUCAGAGAUUAUUUGGCUAUAAAUAUGUGGAUUUAUUUCUGGGUUUACUAUUCUGUGCCAUUGGUCUAUGUGCCUGUUUUUGUACUAAUACCUUGCUGUUUUGGUUGUUAUUGCUUUGUAGUAUAUUUUGAAAUCAGGUAGUGUGAUGCCUCCAGCUUUGUUCUUUUUGCUCAGUAUUGCUUUCACUAUUUGGGGUCUUUUGUGGUCCAUGUGAAUUUUAGAACUUUUUUUAUUUCUGUGACAAAUGCCAUUGGUAUUUUAAUAGUUAUGCAUUGAACCUGUAGAUUGCUUUAUUCAGUAUGAUCAUUUUAACAAUAUUAAUUUUUCCAAUCCAUGAGCAUGAGAUAUCUUCCAUUUGUUUGUGUCCUCUUCAACUUCUUACAUCAGCAUUUUAUAGUUUUCCUUGUAGAGAUCUUUCACCUCCUUGAUUAAAUCUAUUUUAAGGUUAUUUAUUUCUUUUGUAGCUAUUGUAAUGGGAUUGCUUUCUUGAUUUCUUUUUUAGCUAGUUCAUUAUUAGCGUAUAGAAAUGCUAGUGAGUUUUGUAUGUUGAUUUUGUAUCCUACAACUUUACUGAAUUCAUUUAUCAGUUCUAAAAUUUUUUUGGUGGAGUCUUUAGUUUUUUCUGUAUAAAAGAUUGUGUCAGCUGCAAAGAGAAACAGUUUCACUUGCUCUUUUUCAGUAUGAAUGCCUUUUGUUUCUUUUUCUUACCCAGUUGCUCUGGCUAGGACUUCUGGUACUAUGUUGAAUAGGAGUGGUGAAAGGGGACAUUCUUGUCUUGUUCCAAUUCUUAGAGGAAAUGCUUUCAGCUUUUUCCUAUUCAGUAUGAUGAUGUUUGUUGUAUAUGGCCUUUAUUAUGUUGUGGUAUUGUUCCUUCUAUGCCUGAUUUGUUGACAGUUUUUAUCAUGAAGGGACGUUGGAUUUUAUCAGAUGUUUUUCUUAAUCUAUUGAGAUGAACUUAUGGUUUUUGUCUUUCAUUCUGUUGAUGUGAUUUAUCAUGUUUAUUGAUUUGCAUAUGUUGAACCAUCCUUGCAUUUGUGGGAUAAAUUCCACUUGAUUAUGGUGUAUUAUCUUUUUGAUGUGUUGUUGGAUUCUGUUUGCUAGUAUUUUGUUGAGGAUUUUUACAUCUAUAUUCAUUAGGGAGAUUGGCCUGUAGUUUUCUUCUUGUGUGUGUCCUUGUCUGGUUUUGGUAUCAGGAUGAUAGCCUUGUAGAAUGAAUUAGAAAGAAUUGCCUCCUCUUUAAUUUUAAAGAAUUAGUUUGAGAAAAGUUUGUGUUAGCUCUUUCAUAUAAGUUUGGUAGAAUUUGGCAGAAAAGUUAUCCAGUCUAGACAUUCCUUUGUUGGGAGAAUUUUUAUUACUGAUUCAAUCUCAUUAUUCUUUAUUGGUCUGUUCAAGUUUUCUGUAUCUUCCUGGUUCAAUCUUGGUAGGCUGUAUAUGUCCAGGAAUUUAUCCAUUCCCCUAGGUUUUCCAGUUUGUUAGGCUAAAGUUGUCCAUAAUAGUCUCUGAUGAUCCUUUGUAUUUGUGUGGUAUCAAUUGUAAUGUCUCCUUUUCCAUUUCUGAUUUUAUUUAUUUGGGUUUUCUCUCUCUUUUUCUUGAUUAGUAUAGCCUAGUCUAGUUUAUUGAUUUUAUUUAUCUUUUUUAAAAACAGGCUUUUUUAUUUCAUUGAUCCUUUGUAUUUCUUUUUAGUUUCUAUUCCAUUUAGUUCUGCUCUGAUUGUUAUUAUUCUUUUGUUCUAAUUUUGGGUUUAGAACAAAAGAUAAUGGGUUUGGUUUGUUCUUGCUUUUCUAGUUUUUUAAAGAUGCAUCUUUAGGUUGUAUAUUUAAACACUUUCUACUUUUUUGAUGUAGGUAUUUAUUACUAUAAACUUCCAUCUUAGCACUACUUUUGCUGUAUCCUAUAGGUUUUGGUAUUUUGCGUUUCCAUUUUCAUUUGUUUCAAGAAAUGUUUAAAUUUUCUUCUUGAUUUCUUAAUUGAUUCAAUGGUCAUUCAAGAGCAUGUUUUUAAUUUUCAUGUAUUUGUACAGUUUCCAAAGUUUUCCUUGGUAUUGAUUUCUAGUUUAAUUCCAUUGUAGUCUUAGAAUAUACUUGAUAUGAUUCUGAUUAUUUUACAUUUGUUGAGACUUGUUUAAUGGCAUAACAAAUGAUCUGUCCUAGAGAAUGUUUCCUGUGCUGAUGAGAAAAAAACACAUUAUGUAGCAGUUGGAUAACAUGUUCUGUAAAUGUCUGUUAGUUCCAUUUUGUCUAAAGUGCAGUUUAAAUCUGACGUUUCUUUCUUAUUUUUCUGUCUAAAUGAUGGCCAAUUCUGAGACUGUUUGUUGAAGUCCUCAACUAUGAUUGUAUUGGAGCCUAUCUCUCCCUUUAGAUCCAAUACUAUUUGCUUUAUAUAUUUGGGUGCUCCAGUGUUGGCUGCAUAUAUUUAAUAUAAUUGGGAUGGUUAUAUCCUCUUGCUAAAUUGAAAACUUUUUUUUACAAUUUUUAUCUUGAAAUCUGUUUUAUCUAAGUACAGCUACUCCUUCUCACUUUUGGUUUCUGUUUACAUGGAAUAUAAUUGUUUGUUCCUUUACUUUCAGUCUAUAUGUGUCUUUGCAGCUGAUGUGAGUUUCUUGCAGGUAGCUGAUAUGGUUUGGAUGUUUGUCCCCUCCAAGUCUCAAGUUGAAAUGUGAUUCCCAAUAUUGGAGAUGGGGCCUGAUGGGAGGUGAUUGUGUGAUGGGGAAGAUUCCUCAUGAAUGGCUUUGCACCAGUCCCUUGGUGAUAAGUGAGUUUUCACUCAGUUCAUGUGAGACCUGGUAUUUAACAGAGUCUGGGACCUCCUCCAUCUCUCUCUCUUGUUCCUGCUCUUGUCAUGUGAAACACAUGCACCCACUUUGCCUUCUGCCAUAAUUGUAAGCUUUCUGAAGCCCUCAUCAGAAGCUGAGCAAAUGUUGGUGCCAUACUUGUAUAGCCUACAGAAUUGUAAGCCAAUUAAACCUCUUUCCUUUAUAAAUUA